AUGUUACCGAUUAUUUAUUGGUUAGCCACCGCUGCCCCGAUUGAAUCGGAAGCCACAUUGACCCCUCCCGUCGCGAAAACCGAUCCAAAAGUGGACACAGUGCACGAUGAAGCGCGUGUCGAUAACUAUUUUUGGCUCAGGGAAAAAUCGAACACGGAAGUCAUCGAAUACCUUAAAGCCGAGAAUAAAUAUACCCAAGCGAUGAUGCAGCAUACCGAGGGUUUUCAGGAACAACUGUAUCAGGAGCUUCUGGGAAAAAUCAAAGAAACCGAUCUCUCCGUCCCCGAAAAGAUGGGCGACUACUACUAUUACAACCGCACCGAGGAGGGAAAACAGUAUCCGAUCUAUUGUCGGAAAAAGGGAAGUCUAGAGGCGGAGGAGGAGAUACUUCUAGAUCAGAACGCACUUGCCGAAGGGCAUGAAUACCUAGAAAUAGGCGUCUAUAAAAUCAGCCCGAACCAUCAACUAUUGGCGUAUUCCAUCGAUACGACCGGCGGAGAGAGCUAUACCCUGUAUGUCAAAGACCUGGACACCGGUCAACUGUUAGGGGAUCAAAUUCCGAACACCUACUAUAGCGUUGAGUGGGCAAACGAUAAUCAGACCCUCUUUUACACCACACUGGAUCCGGCGAAGCGUCCCUAUAAACUUUACAGACACCAACUCGGCAGCGAUCCGGCAGCGGACGCCCUUAUCUAUCAUGAGGCAGAUGAGUCGUUUUUCCUAGACGUUUCCAAAACAAGGAGCAACGCUUACCUGCUGAUGGAGUUGGAGAAUAUCAAUACUUCUGAAGUCCACUAUCUAGAAGCCGAUCAACCCACAGACGAAUUCAGAGUCAUUUCGCCACGCCAAUCAGAGUUGGAGUAUUCCGUUGAACAUCACGGCGAUCAGUUCUUCAUCGUUACCAACGCAGAGGCGGUGAAUUUCAAGUUGAUGCGUGCUUCUGUCAACAAUCCGUCGAGAGAAAAUUGGGAGGAAGUAAUACCCCAUCGGGAGGCGGUAAAAACUAGACAGCGUCAGUGCCUUUCGGAAUCAUCUGGUUAUUUCUGA